AUGGCGGCCCAUUUCACAGGCGAGGAAACUGAGGCUCAGGACAGCCCCUCGGCGCUGCUCCAGGGCUGCCUGAGGCGAAGCCUUCAACAGCCCCUACGCCCAAAGGUGGGGCCCGCGCUGGGGACGGGGAGCCUGGGGGAGAGACCCCAGGGCCAGGGGGGCCAGCAGAGCCCCCCACCCGAGUCGCAAGCAGAAAUUCAUUUCUCCGAAUGGUCAAAGGAACACAUCGGGGGGAGUGAGCCAGGGACGCUGGCGUUUGUCCACCACUCGGACCUGGUGGCCUGCCCUGUGGGUGUGCCCUCCCCAGCCUCCAACGCUGGCUGCCUGCCAAGGCCCAGGUGUCAGGCUGCUCUGCGGUGGGGGGGCGGAGACUGGGGCAGGAAGUGUGUGACAUGGGACCGGGAGAGGGUGGCCAGGCUCCCGCGGGGCCUGGGCACUCCAUGGUCUGGGCAUGGGGCCCCUGGGCACGGCCCUGGUGCUCCUGGCACAGUGCUGGGCCCUGCCGGGAGCCAGCGGAGAGUGAGUGGGCGGCAGUGGCCCGAGUCGCUGCGGGCCCGGGAGGGCAGCCAGGUGACCCUCGUCUGCCAGGUGGCCCAGACACAGGCCUGGGAGCGCCUCCGCCUCCAGUGGACCAAGGACGGGGCGGUCCUGUGUGAGCCGGCCGUCGCCAACGGCAGCCUGAGCGGGCCGGCCUGUGGGCCGCAGGGACGGCUCUCCUGGAGGCCGCCGGGGGCCCUGGCCCUGCAGCUGGACCGCGUAAGCGCCAACGACAGCGGGCACUACUUGUGCCAGGCCGCCGUGGAGAUCCCGGAGCUGGAGGAGGCCGAGGGCAACGCGACACGGCUGCUGGUGGACGCAGUGUCCCCUCUCCACGCCCCCGCAGGAAAUGCAUUGUACUCCAACGUCCUGUACCAGCCCCGCAGGGCCCCAAAGAAGACCGAGGCCUGGGCUGGCCAGCGGAAGGUGCUGGACGCCCGCGGUGAGGACCAGACAGGCCCGAGCGCCUAUUCAGACUCUCUCCCGCAGCCGGGGGCCUGCCAGCCACGUCCAGAUCGCAUCCUGGCUCUCUCCUGACCCAGGCCCCUCAGGGCAGCCAAGGGCAUCCCCUAAACUGAGGGGGACGCCGAGGGCCCUGGGGGCGCCGAGCAGUGGCUGUGAGAAGGCGGAACUGCUUGGGGAGCGGCGGGGACUCAUUUCUAGGCCCUGGAUGGCCUGUCACCUCCGGACACUCAAUAAAGGCUGGCGGACAGAG